CUCAUUUAAUAUCCAAAAUUAACUAAAUCACUUCCUUUACCAUUAACCCAUGAACUACGAGUAAUACCACCACAUCCUGGUGUUCUGCAACACAUUUAAGCAGCUUCUUAUAAAGUAGCAUACAUUUUACAAUCAUCACCAGCAACACAAUCUCCUAAGUAAUGAUCAUUUUUUUACUCUCCAAACUUACAACUGAAUUUUUCUUAAUUAAUAUCACCAGGAUUUUCAACUUUAUAUACAUUUUAUCUAACAUUAAGAGGCCAUGAUAUUUCUCUAGUAUUUGCAAUAUAAUUAGGAUUUGAUUAUCCUCUCAUUUAAUAACCAAAGUUAACCAUAUCGUUUCCUUUAGCAUUACUCCAUGAACUCCAAGUAAUACCACCACAACCUGCUGUUUUACAACACAUCUAAGCAGCUUCUUAUAAAGUAGCAUACUUUUUGCAAUCAUCUCCAGCAACACAAUCUCCUAAGUAAUGAUCAUUUUUUUAAGCUCCAAACUAACAUUUUAAAUUGUCUAAAUUUAAAUCACCAAGAUUUUCAACUUUAUGUCUUACAUUAAGAGGCCAAGAUGUUUCUCUAGAAGUAGUAAUAGGAAUAGGAUUUGAUUAUCCUCUCAUUUAAUAUCCAAAAUUAACUAAAUCACUUCCUUUACCAUUAACCCAUGAACUACGAGUAAUACCACCACAUCCUGGUGUUCUGCAACACAUUUAAGCAGCUUCUUAUAAAGUAGCAUACAUUUUACAAUCAUCACCAGCAACACAAUCUCCUAAGUAAUGAUCAUUUUUUUACUCUCCAAACUUACAACUGAAUUUUUCUUAAUUAAUAUCACCAGGAUUUUCAACUUUAUAUACAUUUUAUCUUACAGUAAGAGGCCAUGAUAUUUCUCUAGUAUUUGCAAUAUAAUUAGGAUUUGAUUAUCCUCUCAUUUAAUAACCAAAGUUAACCAUAUCGUUUCCUUUAGCAUUACUCCAUGAACUCCAAGUAAUACCACCACAACCUGCUGUUUUACAACACAUCUAAGCAGCUUCUUAUAAAGUAGCAUACUUUUUGCAAUCAUCUCCAGCAACACAAUCUCCUAAGUAAUGAUCAUUUUUUUAAGCUCCAAACUAACAUUUUAAAUUGUCUAAAUUAAUAUCACCAACAUUUUAUGAAUAUCCAUUAAAUACCCAAGAUUUUUCUUUAGUAUUACCAAUUGCAUUUAGUUAAUUACCUGCUCUUAAUUAAAAACCGAAAUUUCUCAUAUCAUUUCCUUAAGCACUACUCCAAGAACUAUAAGUAAUACCACCACAUCCAGCAGUUCUACAACAAACUGAUUUAGCUUCUUCUAAAGUAGGCCAUUUUUUACAAUUAUCUCCGUUUACACACCCCC